CUGAAAGUCCACGUUAUUAGUGUCCUUCAUAAAACUUGCAUUGUUCCUGGCCAUACUAAAAAUGCGUUUACGGACGACCACGCCUUACGUUUAAAAAGCAGUUUUACUUUCUGUUUACUGUAAUAGAAGUAGUACGAUGUCUUAUGAAUAAAUGGCUAUUAGGACGAAGCUCGCCAGUGGUAUAUGAAGCAAUUUGAUCACUAGUAGUGAUCGGCAUCAGUAUAGACAUGGAUUAUCUUUUGUCAAUGAUGGGGACACGACCCCGGGAUAGUGCGGAUGCAGUUUGUUCGACUUUACAGGCUCAUGGAGCUUCCCAUCCUGAAGUAUCAGAGUAUCUCCAGUUGAUGGCAAAGCAGUAUGAAAUUAUAACCGAUCUAACAGAAGAAAAUAAAAAAUUAAAACAGGAUCUAGAUGAGGUGAAACAACAACUAAAGGAUCUGAAAAAGGAUAAAGAAGCUAAAGGUCCUCCACCAGCGUGUCUGAUCCAGAAUACUUGUAGACUGUAUAAUUCCUAUGUAAAAGAGUUUGCUGUACAAGUACAUUGUUCUACUUCAGCAUUUGAAGCAGACACUGCAUUCUUCAACAAGGUUUGCCAGGAUCUGAAAGGACAUGGGCUUCACUUGAGAAAGGAAGAUUACACUGCUGAGUCUGACAAGCUGCUGUUGCUUUUUUGUCCUAGUUUUUCUCGCACUGGAACGGACAUUGAUUCUGCUCUAAGCAGUAUUAAGUCUGAACGAUCCAUAAUCCUCGUAGUCAUGCAUCAUACUCCUGUUGAAAGCAAGAAGUUAUAUGUGAACAGCAAGUCAUUAGUCAGUCAUAGAUCUAUCUUGUGUGUAGUGGACUGUCAGUUUUUUGAAAUGCGUGGUCUGUUUGACUGUUCCCUGAAUACAGAAGCAAUAAACAAGGUCUCAUCUGUAAUAUGGCAACUGUACUCCAGUAAAUCCCUGUGAAUAACCCAAAGAAGACUUACAUUAACUACAUACUGCAGUACAUAAGGCAAAGAAAAUAUUUUUCAGUUUGAAGUGUCGUAGCUGUUGAAAAAUUGUUAGAUCUUAGGAAUGCGGUGAACUGCAGAAUACUAUGAAUUUGUGGUUUCUUUUACAACACAUUGAAAUUGAC